UUCACCACUAAACGGCUUCAACAGAAAAUUCAUACAACAUCAUUUACACUAUAUCGCAAUUGAAUCCAUCUCCUUUUCCUUUUAAUUUUGCAAUACCAGUAAAUCAUCAUUACCAUGUCUGCUACUCCAUUUCUGUUCGCUUCUUUCGCUUCGCAUUCAACCAACUUUACCUCUUCCACUUCUUUUAUACAUACUUUCAUCACUCCCAAUUGUAGCAAUGGAAAACGGAGAAUGGAUUGUGCAAGUGCAAGUGAAGAUUCCUAUGCCAAUUCAUCAGAAUCCAUCCCCAAUUCUCGUUCAACGAGUAAAGCUCCCACUGCGCCAUGGAUCACUGAAGAAGCUCUUUUCAACGAAAUGGAAUCGCUGAAGCGGCGACCUAAAAAGGCUGAUCGAGUUGGGGAACAUCCGGAUCAGGAUUUGACCGGAAAGGUUGGGGGUGGAAGGGGCAGGUUAGCGAUGAAGAAAAUUUUUAAAAGCUUUCAGAAACUUCAGGAUUUAGGAGCGCCUGGCAUAAACCCUAACAAUCCUAACUUCAAUUUUGCUCCUGGAGUUCUGUGCGGAAUUGGGGAUAAUUUAGGUGUUGCUGAAGCUGAGGAGAAAGGCAUGGCUGCACCCGGGAAUGGAGUGAAAUCAAAGAAAUUGCCAUGGGAGAGGGAGGAGAAAAUGGUGAUUAGGAGGGCGAAGAAGGAGAAGGUAGUCACAGCUGCAGAACUGAGCCUUGAUGCAAUGUUGCUGGAACGGCUGAGACAUGAAGCUGCAUUGGUUAGGAAAUGGGUGAAGGUUAUGAAAGCUGGGGUUACUCAAGCUGUUGUUGAUCAAGUUCAAUUGAUUUGGAGAGAUAAUGAGCUCGCAUUGCUUAAAUUUGAUGUUCCAUUGUGCCGAAAUAUGGAUAGAGCUCGAGAGAUCGUUGAGUUAAAGACUGGAGGGCUUGUUGUUUGGGGGAGGAAAGACUUUCUUGCUGUUUAUAGAGGGUGCAAUUAUGGGUCUUGUUUGAGAAAUCUUCGAAAUGUGAAUUACAACUCUACUGGCGAUCAAGGAAAUUCUUCCUCAACUAUUGAUUACCAAAAUACCAUAAUUGUUGCUCAAGUAACUUCUGGUGGAAGUAACCCGGAUGAGUUGAUUCAUGUGAGGGAUGGUAAAUGGGAAAAUUUUCAUAUGGCAUCACUAUAUGAAAGAGAAGCUGAUAGGUUACUGGAUGAGUUAGGCCCUCGCUUUGUUGAUUGGUGGAUGCAAAAGCCUUUACCGGUUGAUGGAGACAUGCUUCCAGCUGUCGUUCCAGGAUAUAUGACACCUUUCAGGCUGUGUCCACCUUUUACUAGCGCAAAGCUUGCAGAUGCUGAGCUUACAUAUUUGAGGAAGCUUGCUCGCCUUCAACCAACUCAUUUUGUUCUAGGAAGAAACAGGAAUCUCCAAGGACUAGCUGCAGCAAUCCUAAAAUUGUGGGAAAAAAGCCAUAUAGCAAAGAUCGCUUUAAAGUGGGGAGUCCCAAACACUGACAAUGAACAAAUGGCUAAUGAGCUCAAGAAACUUACUGGAGGAGUUCUUUUACUGCGUAAUAAGUUCUUGAUAAUUCUCUAUAGAGGCAAGGAUUUUGUUCCCUCUGAAGUUGCAAAAGUAGUGGCUGAACGAGAAACAGAGCUCACACAUUGCCAACUUCAUGAAGAAGCUGCCAGACUAAGAGCUAGUGAAAGCUUCUCCAUUACUAGCAAACAUUUAGUUAGCUCGGACGUCAUGGGAACUUUAUCUGAGUUUCAUAGAAUGCAGUCAGAAAUUGGGAGCCUGAAGAAAGCGAACACAGAAGUUGAUGUUAAGCUGGAAGCUGAAAGGGAAAGAUUAGAGAAAGAACUAAAAGAUCAAGAACAAAAGCUCUUCCUUCUUAAGAAGAAGAUUGAGAAAUCCGCAAAGGUAUUAAACAAACUGAGAAAUGAAUCAAGACUACCUGAUGAAGAACCGGAUCUGGAGAUUAUAUCCAAAGAGGAAAGAGUGUGCUUGCGUGAGAUGGGGUUAAGGAUCAGUAGUAGCUUAGUGCUUGGAAGGUGUGGAGUUUAUGAUGGUGUCAUAGAAGGAAUGCAUCAACACUGGAAGCACAGAGAAAUUGUGAAAGUGAUUACGAUGCAGAAAUCUUUUUUGCAGGUCAUGCAUACAGCAAAAUUUGUUGAGGCAGAAAGUGGUGGGAUCUUGGUUGAUGUAGUUAAGCUGAAAGAAGGGCAUGCGAUUAUAAUUUAUCGUGGUAAAAACUAUAAACGACCUAAGUCAGCUGCAGUAAAUUUGCUGAACAAAAAGGAGGCAUUAUCCAGGUCACUGGAAAUCCAAAGACAUGGAUCAUUGAAGUUCUUCGCCAGGCAACGGGAACAGGCAAUCUGUGAUAUCAAGCAAAAGCUGGAUGAGCAUUCAGAAAAGAUAGGAUAAUUGCUGAAGCUGAUAAGUGACAUGGGGAUUGUGCUGUGAGCCACACGUAGGUUUGAAAUUGGCAGCUUUUGGGAUGUGCUAUCUGUGGUCUGAUAAAAGCAUUCUGCAGAGGGUUUUUUGGACUUGUUGAACUGGGAAAUACCAUCUAUCCUCUCUGCACAAAGUACAAUCGGAUUCGUUCAGGAUACUGAGUUAGCACUUUACAUCUGCAGUACUUAUAGAAGAAAUGUAGGAGAGCUUACCAUUGCCGAGAACAAAGGUCAGAUCACAUCACCUGGUAAGUAUAUAACUUACUGGGCAUAAAUUCAUAGACUAGAGCCUUAUUGUUUCUCUCAUAACAAAAUCCCAAGAGAUUGACAAUGUUGACAUGGGAGGUUCUACGUAUGCUGGCGACCUCAUCAACAAAUUCUUGUGCAUCAUCAUGGGUUUUCUUUAAGAGCCACAAGCUGGCCAUCAGGUAGCUUCCCUUUGUAUAUAACUCCAUAGCCUCCUUUGCCUAGUUUUUCUGUGAAGGACUGUCAUUUUUUUUUUUUUUUUCGUCUCAAUAUCGUUUUGGAGCUAGAGAUCCAUGCUUGAUUACAGAUUUGUCAAGACUCUAUUGGUUUUUCUUGCCCUGAUUACACCA